GGAAGAAUACAGUCUUACCCAAAUGUUUGGACCGCGGUAGCCGAGGGCUUUCUCGGUAGCAAGCCCCUCGUUUGCGUCCUAGCGUGUUCAGACUGUGCAAAAUGCAGCGGGACGCAAAAUGGACUUGUCCGUUUGUGGAGGACAGUUUUAGCCGCUUUUCGUCGCAGAGCAAUAUAUACGGACUGUGCAAGGCCGGGGAGCAAGAGCUGCUUGCCGCAACUCUUAAAGGCAAAGUCGUGUGUUUCAAGUACCAAGAUAUCCGUCAAAAAAUCCGGCCCGUUGCCAAGGAGGUGCAGUUCACCUACAUCCCAGUCGAUGCUGAGAUCGUGUCUAUCGACGCCUUUAACAAGUCCCCUCCCAACAGAGGUCUGGUUGUGGGAAUCACGUUUAUCAAGGACUCUGGUGAUAAGGCGAGUCCCUUCCUUAACAUCUACUGUGACUAUGAGCCGGGGUCUGAGUUCAACCUGGAGUCUAUUGCACAGAGCUGCCUGAACCUGGAGCUGCAGUUCACCCCCUUCCAGCUCUACCACACUGAGGUGCAAUGUGCAGGCACUGGCAGCGAGACUGUGUUCCUCCUCAGCGGCCACGACCAGCGCAUACACCUGUACAAGGAGAACGCAUCCUUGCACCAGUUUGAAGAGCACCCUGUGGAGAGACUGUUCCCAGAGCUACAGGACCUGCCCAGCAAUGUGCUGUGGCUGGAUGUUUUGAGCAUCUCUGGGGGUCGGCGUCUCUCUGCCUUUGGCUGUCAGAAUGGCUGUGUGGGUCUGGCCCUGGUGGAGCAGACAGGACCAGAGGUUCUGCAAAGCUGGCGAAUCCAGCAGGACAGCCCAGUCUCCACAGUGCUCCUCUUUCCACUCCGCAGUGGACCAGAACCAGACCCAAAUCAGGACCGAGACAGCAAGAGCGAACGUGAGAGCUACAGCCUCCUGGUGACCAGCACUGUGGAGAUCGCUGUGGUGUACAGGGAUGUGGAGGUGUGUGGGAUGAGCCGUCCGGUGUGCCUGCCAGAGAGCGAUCAGUUUGACUCUGUGCUCUGCGCGCUGGUCACCGACAUCGACUUUGAUGGUCACAAAGAGGUGCUCCUGGGGACCUAUGGACAGGAGCUGCUGUGCUAUAAAUUCCAGCAACCAGAGAAGGGGCAGGUCUUAGGAGCAGGGGGGCAGUUCCAACUGGUAUGGAGGCGGAGCUUCAAGAGUCCCUUGCUGUCAAUCACCUACCUGGAUCUCACCAGAGACGGACUUAGAGAGCUGACCAUUCUCACAUUGAAGGGGCUACAUAUACUGCAGCACAGUCUUACCCGGACAGCUGACCUGGUCCUGGAGCGCCUGACCAAAAGAGCGUCCCUGCUGGACAGUGGCAAGGAGGCCCAGACAGUCACUGUCCAGGAUGCUGGGGAAACCAAGGACACGACCACAAAGGACCAGGAUUCAGCUGUGCCUUAAAAGAAGCUGCCUGUUCAUUUUAAUUCCUGACACUAAUUUAUUGUGCAUCCUUUAAUUUCAGUUCACAGGGUCCGUAGGUUUUCAGUCCACCCCAGAUUUCAUUUACAAACACCCUGAGAGGGUUGCUUUGUUUUGCCAGGAAUGUGUUUACGGUAUGUGUGGAUUUGAACAGUCCAAAAAUAUGUACUCUAAAUCAUCUGUGCAGAUGAAAUGUUUGCAACAGUCAUGGCAUGUCCUGGCAAAUUGCCCCAUGGUAAAUGUGUUAGCUAGCAGCUGACCUUUGCUGCAGUUCCUCAACUGACCACCAGAGAGCACCUGCUCCUGCGUUGCUGUAACACUUGCGUUCUAAACCGCUCCUUUGCGCUUCAGUGCGUAAAUGCACUUUUCUAAACUCAAAGACGCUGUACAUGCAAACAGAGGACAAUAAAAGGAAAAAAAAAUUAAAUGAAUUUCUCCUGUAGGAUAAGAGCCGUUAAAAAGGAGAAUGUAAAAAAGACAUUGAAGAGAACUCCCAUAACCUCCUUAAAGCUUGGACAUAUGGCUAAACCCUGGUUUUCUAGGCUGUACUGGCAGACAUUUAGAGCCAUGUGUUUUCAUGGCAUCACAGAAACAAGCCCAGUUUCCCCCAUGAUGCACUGGAUUGACAAACUACACUGGAACUAUAGUUUAUUUUCUUCUCUUGAGGGUGUAUCCUGCCUCUUUAAAUAUCAUUGCAUUGUUACGAUGUGUACUGUAUUUACUGACAGUUACAUGCCUCAGAUA